AUGCCGAACCCGAACAGGAUCACCGAGCGGCUCUUCCAGUCCCCGUCCAAGUACAUUCAGGGCCCCGCGGCCAUCCACAAUGCGGGCAAGUACCUGUCUGCAUUUGGCAAAUCCCCGCUCCUCCUCUCCGAUGAACUCGUCUAUGGCAUUGCCGGCAAGGACCUCACUGGUGCUCUCGAAACCUCGGGCUACAAAGUGACGCGCGGCAUCUUCGGCGGUGAAGCCUCCCGGGAGGAAGUCGCCCGCAUCGGCAACAUCGCCAAAGACAACUCCGUCGACUUCAUCCUCGCCCUCGGCGGCGGCAAGACGAUCGACACCGCCAAGGCGAUCGCGGACGACCUCGGGCUGCAGAUCGCCGUGCUGCCGACGACCGCGUCGACGGACGCGCCGUGCUCCGCGCUCUCCGUCAUCUACAAGGCGAACGGCGAGUUCGAGCACUACCGCUUCUACUCCAAGAACCCGUCCACCGUCCUCGUCGACACCAGCGUCGUCGUCAAGGCCCCCGCGCGCUUCCUCGCCGCGGGCAUCGGCGACGCGAUCGCGACGAACCUCGAGGCCAAGUCCGCGCGGAACAGCCCCAACUUUGGCGGGGGCGUCCCGACGGAGGUGUCUGCGGCGAUCGGCGCGAAGUGCGAGGAGAUCCUGUUCAAGUACGGGCGCCAGGCGGUCGAGGCGAACAAGGCGAGGGCGGUCACGCCCGCGUUUGAGGCGGUCGUGGAGGCGAACACGCUCUUGUCCGGGCUGGGAUUCGAGUCGGGGGGUCUUGCUGCCGCGCAUGCUAUCCACAAUGGCCUCACGGCGAUCGACAAUCACACCCUGCACACGAAGAUGCACGGCGAGAAAGUCGCCUUCGGGACCGUGUGCCAGCUGAUCCUCGACAGCGCGCCCACUGAGGAGAUGGACCGCUACCUCGCGCUGAUGGUGUCCGUCGACCUGCCCGUGACGCUCGCGGACCUGGGCAUCGGCGAGGCGACGGACGAGGAGCUCUUCCGCGUCGCGAAGCUCGCGUGCGCGCCGAACGAGACGAUCUGGAACAUGGACAGGCUCAUCACGGAGGAGAUCGUGUUCGCCGCGAUCAAGGGCGCGGACGCAGCGGGGCGGGAUUAUAAGGUGCGCCACGGGCUCAAGGCGUGA